GUCAGUGACCAACAACAUCUAUACGGACGAGGAUGCUGACUGUGCUACUACCGGUGCUGUUCCUCCUUCCCCACACUGCACAGGGCAUCACCAAGGAGGGGGUGGGGGCGGUUGGGGAGGCCUGCAGCAUGGGUAGCGGGGUGCGGGGGCGGUGCCAGGAGGUGGGGGCGUGCCUGAAGGAGGGGGGCGUGGUGGUUAUGGGGGAGCAGGUCCAGCUAUGCAGCCCAACCCCCUCGGACAUUAUCGUGUGUUGCAGGAAACCGCAUCUAGUUGCAGAAAAUUUGUGCGCAGCGUGGGCCCAGCACUGGAGGAGUCCCGCCGGGCAUUGCAUUGACAAGACCAACCUCAUCGUCGGGGGGGUGAACGCCGACCCGGGGGAGUAUCCGCAUGUCGCUCUCUUGGGUGUACGUAGGGGUAACUUGCCCAUCGUGUGGUUGUGCGGCGGGACCCUGCUGACACCCUACUAUGUGCUCACCGCUGCUCACUGUCUUAAAGAGGACAACGUCGAGUACUGGGUGAGACUUGGGGAGUACAACCGGAAUCACGAUAGGUCCGGCGAGCUAAUACCAGUGGUCAAAGGCCCUAUUCCUUCAUCUGUCCGUUACGCUGACGAGCUCGCUGCCGACACAGCCUCCCUCUCGCCCCUCGAGCAAAAUAUAUUCGUGGAAGGGAUUAUAAACCACCCUGAGUACGAUCUGUUGCUAAAAUACUACGACAUUGCGCUACUCAAACUUAGCACUAAGGCAAACUUGACGGAGCGGGUCCUGCCAGCCUGCCUGCCUACCGACCCCUCGCAGGACUUGGUAGGACAUGAACUCACCGUGAUAGGAUGGGGCCAUACGCAAUUCGGCCACCGCGUGCUGUCGAGGAUCCUGCAGAAGGUAAAUGUGCCAGUGGUGGAUCAGCUAGAGUGCCAGUUCAAGUAUCCGGACUAUCUAGGGCGUGAUACUCCGAAGGGCAUCCUGAAGGACCAGCUAUGCGCGGGGAAGACUGGGCGAGACUCCUGCAAGGGCGACAGCGGCGGGCCCAUCAUAGACCAGAAGGAGCGGGGUGGUAGUCGCUGCGAACAUACUGUGGAGGGGAUUGUGAGCUUCGGGCGUGGCUGUGGCGAGCUGGGGGUCUACACUCGCGUCUCCUCCUACCUCGACUGGAUCACAGGUCAUAUAGCGCCCGGAGACUAUUAAUUAACCUGUGUUUGCGAAGUUUCGUCAGGUAGAUUUUUUUCCCCUUUGUUCUUUACUUUUCCUUUGGUUGUCUCUUUCUCGUGAGUUGAACAGCGCCCGGAGACUAUCAAUUAACCUGCGUUUGUCAGGGUUUGCCAGGCAGAUUUUUUUCACUUGUCACAUUGUUUUUUUAUAACUUUACUUUUCUUUUGGUUGUCUCAUUUUCGUGGGGCAAAUCACAGGUUACACAGCGCCCAGAGACUAUGAGUUAACCUGCGUCUGUCAAGUUUCGUCAGGUAGAUUUUGUCACAUUAUAUUUCUUUUUCUCUACUUUUCCUUUAGUCUGUUUCCUUUUCGUGGGCCAAAUCACAGGUUAGGCAAUAUUCACAAUCUGUUAAUUAACCUGAGUUCAUUAAAAAAAUAAGUGACAACAGCUAAAAUACUAAUAGUAAUAGAACGUGUAACUGUGACGAGAAUGAGAUGAAAGGUCUACCUGACAUUAAUUAAGGAACACUCCAGGUGAGAAGAAACCUGUGAUCCUGUCCAAGGGAAGAGAAACACCUGACUCAGAGCGGAAUGGAAAGACAAAUGUUAAGUGUGUUGUGGGAUAUAAAACCGUAUUUUUAAAAAAUAUUGGCGCCACAGUUCGCCUAUUUGAGGAGCCUUUAUUAGAAGUUACUGGGAUUUUCAUGGACUGUGUUGUGAUCCCAGUGAUAGUUUUAUACGACUUCUGCAUCUUCAACGGGAAAAUCAUCCAUGAAAACCCUAUUAACUUCUCUGUGGCCUUGGGAAAUAAUCGUAAAGGGGCCCGAUACUUGGACCGUAGACCCAAACGGAGUUCCCUCGAUGAUAUUUGUACUCAGUUUUGAUGGCUUCCUAUACUUCUCUGUUUUGCAUCAUCCCUUUCUCUUCUUUUAUGUUCUGUUCUCCUGGGAUCAAAACGUGUCUAGAGUGUCUACCUGAAGUGCUCUCUGUCCGCCAAUGAGUGAGCUACAUGUGAUAUAUUUCUUUGUACUUAAGACAGUGAUUAAAAAAGACAGUGUCAUUAUCAUAAACAAUUUUUUUAAUGUACUUGAUGGAGAUUGGCUGAAAAAACGUGCCAGUGUCAUAUUUUUGUUAUGCUUGAUAUGGAGAUUACAAAAAAGUGUUAAUGUAUUUUUUAUUAUAUUUUAUGGAAAUUAGCUAAAAGAAAGUGCCAAUAUCAUUAGCUAAAUAAAGUGCUAAUGUAUUUUUUAUAACACUUGAUAUGGAGAUUAAAAAAAGUGCCAUUAUCAAUAUUUUCUCCUCUGUACUUUUGCCGAGGAUUGUGAGAAUGAUAAGAAAAAAGUACUAUUUUCUUU